GCGCCGCCAAGGGCUCACUCAGUUCCAACCGUUCCGCCCCCUCGUGUUCGAUGGGGAGUCCGAGCAGCGUAUUUUAUAUAUUCCUUGCGGCUGUGGGUGCUCGGAAAUUUACCUUCUGGGAGCCAUCGGCCGAUGUAAAUGCAGCAACAGGACCUGGCAGUGAUCGACAUGUUGGUCCUGUAUUUAUUAAUGAAGCUACCCGCGUAAGCGCGGUUUCAGAUUUGUGGCUGAACGUCAGCAAAGUGAAGAGUGCAAAAUCUACCUGCAGCUCCUGCUGCAAGCAGGAUCCCUACAGCCCGGACGUGCUGCCCUGGGCUCCAGGAGACAUGGUCACCACGCACUUCCGCGAGGAAGGCCUGCUGCUGGGUCGCAGCAGCACCUUGGCAACGGCUCUUGUGACGAAGAUGGAGGGCAAGUCGGUUCAGGUGCAGCUCCUCUCGCUGAAAGACGCCACCUCAUUUGCGUCAGGGCAGACGGUCAGAGCCCAUUUCCCCAUGGGGAAAGACAAGAGCAAGUCACCAGACCCACUUCCCGCAGUUGUCGUGAACAGCACGGAAUCUCAUACGACAGUACGGUACAAGAACAAGUUCUUGGGAGAGCUGCAGCUGUCAAAUUCAUGGGUAUUGCCAUCCUGGGCAAUGUCGUACCAGUUCAUUCCUGCAGAGUGGAUCAAAACCAGCCCAAAGGAGGCGGUAGAUGUCGACUGCUCCUUUGAUCAAUUUGAGGCCUGCAUCUCCAGGAGCGGUUGUAUGUGGAAGGAGCCUGUUUACCAAGAUCUGCCCUGUGUGGUGGCAGAUUGGGGUGAGUGGAACCCCUGCACGGUAACAUGCGGAGUGGGGAAGCAGAGGCGCAUUCGGCCCUUCCCCACGCAGCCCAGCUGCCGCCGUCUCUCGCCAUCGCCCCACGUCCAGGACGACCGCUUCUGUGUGCAGCCCUCUUGCCCCCUGGUGCCGGACCACUGCAAGGCCAAGGCGAGCAACGCCAGCGAAGCGCCCAGCGCUUCGCUGCUGCAGACUGCGCCGCAGCCGAAGCCCGCGAAGAUGAGCAGAACCCCGGACUGGGCGCAGGGGGCGCUGCUCGAGCUGCUGGCUGAGACGCACUUUGGCCAGGACCCGCAACAGGCCGUCGAGGAAGAGUUGCAGAAUGUGGUCAAGGCCGCCUCUACGGACACAAAAGAAUUGAUAAAGGAAACGGGUCCCACACCCAUCGAAGAGCACCCGCUCUACAUCGAGGGUGAGACGGUCAUUGCGUGGGCUGAGAAAGGCACUGGGCUUGGACCUCAGUGUCCAGAGUCUUACUUUACCAUUCAGCUGGACAUCGAUGUCGAGAACAAUGCAGUGUCGGCUGCAUGCAAUCGUUGUGCUGCAGGGUGCCUCCACUGCAACGGUCCAGGUGAGGAUCAGUGCACAGCGUGCCCCGCACCUUUGCGACUGUACACCCACAUGGACGGAAGAUCAGUUUGUGUCGAAGGCUGUCCAGACUGUUUCCGGCCGUCGGAAGAGGACGACAGCGAGUGCGUCUUUGAUGACAGCCAGUUCGGCUGUGACCACGUGGCGGCCUUCCACCCUGAGGUGAUGCCAGAGCACCGUGGCGCCCCGGACUCCUGCCAGACUUUGGAGCCGGAGGAGGAUGAAGAGGAUGAGGAGGAGGAGGAAACCGGCAUGGCGCUCCUCUCCAAGUCCUCCAGGUCCGCCUCAGAGUCGCGCUCCGCGGUCCCGUCGGUGGAGGCUCUGGCCGGAGAAGCGGGGCGCGUGGAGGCCAAGAAAGAUAUGAUCAAGCGGACGCUGCACUGGCUUGAGAACGAGAAGAUGCCUCAGGUGCUGGAUGGCAUCUCGCAGUACGCGGAUGCAACAUUACAAGUCCUCGCCAGUGAUUUGGUGCGAGACCCCGAGCUCUUGAAGCCACUGGCAGUGGCUCUUGGACACUCCCACCAAACGAAGUCAGAUCAGGCAGAAUCUCUGUCUGCCCUGUUCACACACCAAGAUCCAAGUCUUGCCAUGAUUCAGCGAGAUUUAAAGCUCGCCGGCGAAGUCCGGGCCCAGAGCCGCUACAGCCUUUGGAACCAAUCUCUGAGUUCCAGCCGCAACACGCCGCUGUUCAGCGAGGUCCUGAACAACGUGGUGGAAGCCUUGGUGAAGGUGACCCUGGACACGCGGAAGGGAGCCCAUGGCCGCAGACACGGCCCGAGGCACACGGUCCUGGCGCAAAACGCCGGCGUGGACACGCGCGCGGAGAGCCUCGCGGCAGUCAUGGCGGAGCGGCUGGAGGAAAGCUCGCGAGAGCUGCUCCACUUCAACCUCCUGAAGUUUGAAUUGAAGCAGAAAGACAAGGAUCACCUCUUGAAGCUCGGGGCAGAUCUGGUACAGGCUCUUCGUGGGUCAGGAAUCAUUGACCGCCUUGCCAUGGAGAUCUCCUCACAAAAGCUCCCAGUCGCAGAAAGCGAUGCCUUGCUGACCGUUGCCCAGGAGGCAAAGAGCGCUAGCGCUGGCAAGCUCAGCGGUGUUGCGCUCUCGCUCCUCUCCAAUGGACAGCAAGCCAUGGACCGCCAGUUGCAGAGGAUGCUGACGGAGGGAGCCAUGGCCUUCAGUUUGAGCGCAGAGGAGACAGCGAACCUCACAACACACCUUGAGGGUGAAGUGCAUGCGAAGCUCCUGACGUUGAGCCAAGAGUCGGUGGCCCAGAUCAUGCGCCACGUCUCCGAAGACCUCUUCAACCAGAACGACGAGCUCCGCGACGAGCUCUUGAGCGCCGCUCGGGCCGUGCUGGCCAGCGAGCUGGGGAAGUUGGCGGCGGAGGCCCACACUUUGGCCGCCGGCAAGCUGGAAGAGAAGGUCCAGGUCAGCUCAAUUGGCACCAAGCUCGCCAGGAAGCAGUUGGACAUUGCCGUCAGGGAGGUCCUGAUGCAUGUGGAAGUCUCUGCGGCAGAUGCCGUCUGGGCCGCGCAAACCGUUCUCAGAGAGUCCGAGACAGCCGCUGUGAUCGCGAACCGGGUGAAGACGUCUUCCGAGGGAGCUCUGAUGCAGCUGAGGACAGGCCAGUGGCGAGCGGCAACGUCCAGGAUCGCUGCGGAGGCGCCGCUGUCCAUGGCUGAGCAGGUUAUCUUUGAAAGGAUGGCAAGGCGCCUUGACGACUUCGUCUCGACGCUCUCGCAGCUUCAGCUGGAGGAGAUGGACCAGUUGGACCCCGAGCUCCAGCCUUUGGCGGCGGUGCAGCGAGCUGCACAAGUGACCCUGCAGCGGGCCCUGGGCGCGAGCAGAAGCGACGCUGCCGGGCGGCUCACGGCAAUCCUAAAGGGCAAUGUCCGGAGACUCGUGCGGAGCAAGUGCCGGGCCCUUCCGGGGGGCGACAUGGAGGAAGUGCGCCGGCAAGUGACGGAAGCCUUCCAAACCUUGGACUUGCCGCCGCAGGACGACAUGGUUCUCGAAUUGCUGCAAGCUGACCUCGAGCGUCACGUUGAGGAAGUGGCCCGAGGGCAACGACAGCAAGCAGAGGACUCUUACCUGGAGGCCCUGAGCAAGCAAGAUGACGCAGCUCUGCAACGUCUUGGCCGCUGCAUGGAGUCAGCAAACGACUUCACGCAAUUCCUUUCAGAUCUGGGAGCCUUUGCCUUGCACGAAACACAAAGCGCUCUGAGCCCUGCAGAGCAGAGGGUGUGGACGCUUGGACGGCUUCGGGUGAAGGCCGACACCAUCCUUCUGGCAGUUGUCAAGGCUGCGGCAUCCAGCGCCGAGCGGCACUGUCAGACCAAAGACCUUGCCAAAGCCGUGAAGGUGGACGUGCAAAGGGAAGCUGACAAAGGGCGACACAGCUGGACACUCCAGCUCCAGGACUUAGUGGCGGCGAACGAGACUGGAAUCACACCCAAGGAGCAGCAGAGGUUCAUUGCCCUCUUGGAUGAGAAGCUGUGGCAGCCCCUGAAGGACUCCGCCUUCCACCAUGGAAAUGGAGCCCAGGGCGGCAGCCUGGCAUCGCCCCGGACCCAGGCACAGCUGCUAUAUCAUAGCAUGCUGCGGCGCUUGCUCCGGGAAGGAAGCGUCACGCUGGCCGCCAAGUUGUCCAGAGACAUGGAGGCUCUCAACAGUAUGCUGCUCGAGGAGGCUUUCUCGGUCGGCGCAAGCGGCAUGGGCAAGGCAGACGGGUACCCCAAUGGAAUCAUCCUUCUUGAGACGGAUGACACAGAGACGGAGACCCGGACAGUCGCAUCCACACUUGAGUCACUCGACCUUUCCCAGACGCAGGCGAUUCUAGAGGGGGGCCUGCAGGAGCUUCGGGUGACAGCUAACCGACUUCUCCUGGAACGUGCCAAUAGCCAGCUCCGCCCGAAGCUAAUGACGAAGUUGGACAAGUAUGUCACAAACGUAAGGGACCGGGAUUACUUGGAUGCGUACUACUUCGAACAACGGGACAAGUACAUCGGCAAGGCAGUGGAGCUGCUCUAUGGGGAUGGCUCCAACUUGGGCCCUCCACUCUGCAAAGGGGCGACCACUCUGCUGGAGAACUUGGAGGAGUCCUAUGAGAAGGCCCAGGCUCUCAGGUCGGGGAACCUCUUCAGCACCUUCGAUGAGGCCGGGGACUUGGCCUGCAAGUUGGACGAGGGCGGCCUCACGACGGUUCAGUUCAUCACCAACGUCAAAGAUAUCCUCGAUGUGUUUCAGAAGCUCUUGGAGAUGGCUUCUGGCUUGCCCAUAGUUGGAACUCUCGCCAGGUUUCUGAACAAGCCCGUUGAUUUUCUUGUGAAGCUUAUGGAGAAGCACCUGGUUCCAAUCCGGGACAAGCUCAAAGACGAUUACGUUCCAAAGUUCAGGUUGGCUUGCAAAUUCAGGAAGAUGGUGGUCAGAAGGGUCGGCUACGCCGUCGAGGCCAUUCGAGUCUUGAAACUUCAGGCAUUUCCCGCGAACAAGGCCGCGGAAAUGGUGGGUUUGGCCAUGAACGUUUGCGGGUGGCUACCUCCAGUGGCCCUUCUCGCAGACAAUGCGCUCACGGGGGCGGUUGCGGUGGACGGCUUGUUUGGUGCUACCACGGACUUUGUGAGGGAGAUCAUUUCCUGGAUCGAAGGUUUAAUCCCGGAGUCCAUUUUGAAGAAGAUGGCAGAAGCCAACAAGGUCAUGAACUUCAUCUUUCUCCCGGUCAGGAAGACCAAGGCCGCCUUGUUCGGCGUCUACAAGGUCUGCAUUCCCUUCAUCAAGUGCUGGGAGUUUUCGCUCCGGGACCUGCUGGCGGCGCUGACCGGGUUCCUAGAGAAGAUCUUCAGCUUCGCGCUGAAGCCCUUCGAGCCCUUGGUGGAGAAGGCCGUGGCGCCGGUGAAGCGGCAGCUGGAGAAGGCCUUCAAGACCCUGAUGCCCAGCCCGGAGGUGCACUUCGAUGGCCUCACCGGGAUGUUCCAGGGCAACGGCAGCCUGAUGGUCUUGGUGCAGCAGCUCUUCAAGACAGACACGGAGGAGACCUUCAGCGGUCAGAUCGAGAAGUCCAUGGAGCUCACGAAGAAGCAGGCGGGCUACUGCUACUCCUAUGGGACGGAACUACCUCUGGCCCAUGCGAUUUGCAAGGACAUCUCUGAGAAGUAUGGGCCUGCCAGAACUCCUUACGAGUGCCAAAAGCUCUGCAACAGCGCUUGCUCGCGCUGCUUCCGCUGGUCCUUCGUUGUCACUGAUGCGGCUGUGGGAGCUGGCGUUUGCCGCUUCGCCAAAAGCAACGCCUACUAUGAGGUGAAGAACCCGACGUCAGUCAGCGGGCCCAAAGCAUGCAAAGAUGUGGGCGAGUAUCAGCCGGACACCUUUAUGGAGCACGUGGAAAGUGGCUUAUGCAAAGACAUGGGGGCAUUCCCUGAAAUCAAAGAGGCGGAAGCUUGCAAGAAGGCUUGCUUCGUCGACGGAGAUUGCAAAGUCGUGCAAAUGUCCGGGGGAAUGUGCUAUGUCGGCAUCGGAAAAGAGGGCUGCAGCCUUGGAACGACGAGCAUGUCUCUGCACAAGACAAGAACCGCAAAAGAAGCUUUGCAAACGAGGUGCAACGCCGCAAGCGGUGUGCAGAAAGCAGCGGAGAAAUAUAGGGCUACUUGCCCGGCAUCUGUGGAGGACUGCGACGCCUGGGCCUUGGAGGAGGCAGCCAAGGAUGUGCAGGGGGCAGACUCGCCGGUGGUCCAGGAAGUGAUGGAGUUGACCGGCACCUCCUAUCAGAAGUUCACCUGCGAGCUCUUGGAGCUGGAGGUUGACUGCCCCGACGUGAACAAGGGAGAGAAGGUCGAAGGAUUCGACAGAUGCCAGGAAGAGGGAACAGAGAUGGUAACCCGAGAAACAGAGGGAGAGAUCCAGAAGCAGAUCGACGCAGAGGUAGCAGAACAGCUUGCGGGUUGUCGAGCGCACGCCAAGCUUGCGCUUGCUUGCGCCUGCAUCAGCGCAGGGUGGAUGAAGUCCAUCUGCCUUGGCAUGGCCAAGGCCAAGUCCACUUACAUUGGCUACGAGAUUCCUCCUGAGUUCGUCAAACAGUUUUGCGACGAGAAUGAGAGGGACGCAGCAACCGCAAACUACUGCGAUUCCUGGAUCUCCCAGGGCAUUUUUGAGGGCGUCGCGAAAAAUUCCACAGCGAUCGCCGCAGAGAUCCGGGCCUCCUUCCUUCCCACCGAGUCUUGUGCCAAGGCCUCGGGAGAUCAAUUCCUUUGCGAGAUGAAGUUUCUCAACGAGGGCGGGGGUGAAACAAAGCAGAUGGACCUCACAAAUCAGAUCCAGCUGCAGAACAUGUACCAAGCCAAGCAGUUCGAUUCGCUGGCGGCGGAGACGCAGAAGGUGCAGCAGGAACUGGCAGAUAUCCAGACCCAAAUGGACGAGGGCUUUGCCAGCACCCGGGAGCAGCUGUUCAGCAUGGACAAGGCGGCCGCCAACCGAACGGAAGAGCAAACGAGGCAGAUCUAUCAGAAGCUUGAGGCAUCCCAGCAGGAGCAGAAUGCGCGGCUGGCCUACAUGAUGCAGGCAGGGCAGUGCGACAGCAAGCUUCAGACCAAGGAGCUGAAGGACUUCAUGACCAACGGUCUGAACAACCUCCAGUCAGCAGUACUCAGCGGAACAGGGCAGCAGAUAGACCAGGCAACUUCGAAGAUCAAGGAUGCGGUGGCCAACAGCCAAAGGGCCAUCCAAAAGCAAAUGAAGGAGAGCUUCUCCGACUUGAAGGACACAGUGACUGAAGGUUUUGAUCAAGUGCAGCAGAAGCUGGAUGCCAACAGGAAAGCCAUUCAAAAGCAGAUGACUGAUCGCUUCAACGCGGUUGAUCAGAAGCUGGUGCAUGUGCAAGGACAGCUGAAUUCUGCACUGAAAGGAAUCGAAGUCGUGGACAACAGGAUCAAGGACUUGGCGAAGCAGAGCAGCAAGCAGUUCCAGGAGUUGCACCAUGGCCAGCAGCGGCAGAUGAGCGCCUUGUUGGCCAUCGUCCAGAAGCUGGAGGUCAUCGAAGACAAGAUCGACGACAUUCCGAUUGCUGUCAGGGAGUCCCGAUUUCAGGACUUCAUCUAUCAGUUCAAGACUCUGACGCUGUCACUGGAGCACCUGCUUCAGCAGUUCCAGGACUUCUCUGACAAGAGGCGCGCCGACAUCAACAACCUGCAGGCUGCACAGGCAGCCUACCGCUCUUGCAGCGGACAGCUGGAAGACGUGCUCCAGGCAACAAAAGCGGUGAAGCAGUCCUCGGCCGAAGCAAUGAAGAUGCUGCACACGAUUUAUGGCGAGGUGGUUCAGCGCUUUGCACAAGUCUCAAUCCUGGCCGUGGACGGCGGCUUCUCGAGGAUGCACUUCGAAGCUUUGGCGGAGCAGAUCGCCGAAGACCUGCAGGCCAACAAGUCCCAAGUGGACCUCUUCAUGUCCCAGGAGAGCCUGCAGAGUGUCAUCGUGGCGGAUCAGGAUGUCCUGUAUGGCAAGGAUUUGCAGGCAAAGUGCACUGCCAUGUGUGUACCCCAGACUGUCAGAGAGCUCAAGCCCUGCACGUGCUCCGACGGCAGACGGCCCCUGCAGCGGGUGGCAGCAAAGUAUCUCUUCACGCCUGCCGCGGCUACGAUGCUCUUGGAGUGGACCCAGCAGGCCCUGGACGACGUCCCUCUCAAGUAUUCCAUCGCUCUCAAGGACCUCUACAUGCAGAUCACCUACUUGGAGCGCAAGUUCGCUGCCUUUGACCUGGAGCCUCCCAAGGCGAGGACUCAGUUUGCAGACGACUGGAAGCGCAUUGCCUUCGACAUGGAGUCCAUCCGCAAGAGCUACGCCAUGGUCGACACCAAGGAGCGGGCGGUUUUGGGGAAGCUGCAGCUCAGCGGCCGCUUGUUGGAUACCAUGGCCUCCUUCUGGAGCCCUGCACCCUUGGAGUGCCACAAGCCGGCGCUCAUGGAUCUCGGGGAGUCGGCCUUGGGCCAGCUGGUCCUGUGGAGCCCCUUGAAGCAAAAGGGCGAGGGCGCGGCGUAUCUGAUCUUGAGGCAGCCCUCCCGCCUGCUGCAGACCUCCGCCCUGUCCUGGAUGCACGAUGCAGCUGCCUCCGAUUGCCGCUCCAUCCCCGUGGGCUAUGAGAACAUCGAGGGGCUCAUGCAGAGCGGCUUCGUUUGCUGGACAGAUGCUGACGGCACCGCAAAGGUGCGUUCGAUUUGCGACCCCCGUGGCCUCGACGACCUGAUCGACACUUCUUCCCUGAAGUGGGUCUCCGAAGAGAAGUUCUCCGAAUUCGGGUCCCAGAACUCUCUGCUGGCGCCAAUUGCCACCUCGAAGUUCCGCACCACGCCAUUGGAAGCGGAGGUCUUCUCCUACUGGGAGCGGCAAAUUGCCUUCAUCGCCGCUGCGCAUUGCGGCAAUGGCAAGCUUGACAUCACAGAGGAGUGUGACUCUCCUGGAGAGGGCUGCAAGAAGUGCAAAUUGGUUCCGGGAUAUGCGUGCCCUCGGCCUGGCAAGCCAUGCCAAUCAAUCUGUGGCGACCAUAAGGCCGUAAAGAUGGAGGACUGUGAUGAAGCGGACUCCGACAGCAAUGAUGGCUGCACUCCUUUCUGUCAGCUCGAGUUUUGCCCCAGAAGCGCGUUGAGUCUGCCGGUCAAGCACGCGCAGAGGGAGAGUCCCAACCCUUCGCCCGAGCUGGAACUUUGCGCAAGUCAAUCCAGGGGCGAAGUGCUCAGUUUGGAAGGCUGCGGAAAUUUCAAUGAGCUCGUGUUCGCUGGCUUCACCAUGGAUGGCCACUGGGUCCGCCAUGACAUCCGCUUGGAUGCCACCCUCGCCAGCAUGGGAAAUGGUCCGUGGAAGUUAAAGGCCAGCGGAUGGGUCACUCUCGGGUCGCCGUACAAGUUGUGGAACGAUGGCACUUCAUUCUCCGUCACCUGUCGCGGUGCAGAUACUAUCACUGGAUGCCUUUUCUGGUGUGGGUCUCUUGCCAAUUCCUCGGAAUGCAUCAAGCCCUGGCUCGUGCAGACACAUGCCAAUAGAAGUCAGGACACGCGUGCGGAAAGGUUGCUGGUCUAUGGGCGCAAGUCUGCGGAGACAGACUUGCAAGCCUGUGAAGAUGGUGCAAAGCUGGUAGCCAUGGCCUGCGGAGACAACCAGAUCACAGGAAACGAGGAGUGCGAUCCUCCAGGUGGUUGCUGCGAUGCGCAGUGCAAGCUUGCCUCCGGGUGGCAAUGGCAGGACGGCUGCGAGGCCAUUUGUGGGGAUGGCGUGGUCCUGGGCGACGAGAAAUGUGAUCCCCCCAUGCAAGGCUGCGACGAGAAGUGCAAGCUGGAGCCUGGCUGGAAGUGGUCACAGGACAAAACCACUGCGAUUUGCGGCGAUGCAAUGGUGGUUGGCAAAGAAGAGUGCGAUCCUCCAGGUGUGUGCUGCAACACCACGUGUAGUUUGGAGCCAGGAUGGCAGUGGAAGGACGGCUGCCAGGCCAUUUGUGGUGAUGGCAUGGUCCUUGGCGACGAGGAAUGUGAUCCCCCCAUGGAAGGCUGCGAUGAGAAGUGCAAGCUGGAGACCGGCUGGAAGUGGUCACAGGACACAACCACUGCGAUUUGCGGCGAUGCAAUGGUGGUUGGCAAAGAAGAGUGCGAUCCUCCAGGUGUGUGCUGCAACACCACGUGUAGUUUGGAGCCAGGAUGGCAGUGGAAGGACGGCUGCGAGGCCAUUUGUGGUGAUGGCAUGGUCCUUGGCGACGAGGAAUGUGAUCCCCCGAACGGAGGCAAUUGCACGGACGAAUGCAAGAACAACACGGGCAUUGCGGUGCCAACGCACUCAUGGUCUUCGCAAGGUUCAGGUUACCUGAAGUUUGCAGGUGCGGACCUGGAAGAGAUGGUAUCAGCAGAUACUUUCGCCGUUGAAGUCAUGUUCAGAGUGCAGAAGGCCAGCCGCGACCAUGCAAAUAUCAUCGGAUCUGUGUCCAAUGCCCACCAGAAGAACCGCGAUUCCGGCCUUCGGUGGUCGGUCUCAAUGCGCGGGCACGACUGCGAGGUGAACGUGAACCUAGGUGGUGAGAACCAAGGUCUUCAGCUCUACUACACCGAGCGUGACAAAGUACGGCUUUGUGAUGACAAGUGGCACCACUUGGCCCUCGUGUUCUAUCGAAAACAGGGGAAGGUGUAUAUGUACGUGGACGGCAAGGAUAUUUUGACCAGCAUGGGAAGACGUGAGUUCAAAGGCGGCAAAAGCUUUGACGCAACCUUCGUUGUGGGCGCCGGGGAAGAGUCCGUGAACCAGCGCGGUCAGUUUGCGCACUUGAUGUUCUGGAAGGGGGCCAAGACUAUCCAGCAGCUCGGGCCCAAGGCAUGUUCUCAGGAAGGCCUUGUGGCGGCCUACGAGUUGGAUAACACCUACGAAGAUCGCGUGACCGGCAACAGCGGCUUCAUCAACCACGGGGGCGCCUUUGUGAAGAACCUCUACGACACCUCGCAGCUUUGCCCAGCACUGUAUGGUGACGAGAAGGCGGUCAGUUGCGGCGCUGUCACCGGUUCAUCUGGACUGGGCAUUGGCUGGAAUUCUGCGGCGACAAUUUCGGAGGGGCUUCUGGUAAAUCCGGGUCAGAGGGACUACAAGCUGCAGAACAUCCCAACGGAGCUGAUCGGCGGCACAUAUUUCGGCACCAAGACCUGGCCUUCUGCCGGGACAUGGACGAUUUCUUACACUGCUCCAGUCACGCUGUACGUGUGGGUCAUGAAAAACCACUACAAUGCCGGCGUGGACGCCGCGCUCAGCGGGGACUGGGCGAAAGUGGCAAGCCCUGGCUUCAAGAGGAGCGACGGCCAUGAGCUCCAUCUGUGGAAAAGAUCUUUCUCGGCUGGGAGCAGCUACAGCAUCAAGACGAAUGCGCUCAUGGUUGGCGGGGUCGUCUCCAAGGGUUGCGAGGCGGAGGUGGAGAAAGUCUGGUUCAAAGGCGGGGGCGGUGAGACUUGCACAAAGGUUUGCAAUGCGAACGGCUUUGAGCGUUGUGAUAAGGACAAGAUGGUGUCCCUCACGAACAAUGAUCGCGUGGGGGCUGCUUUCAAAGAAGCGGGCUACACUUGCAAAGGCUUCCAUGGAGCCCGCAACUAUGCGGGCACUCCCUUUUCCACAAGCAGAUCAGAUGACUGCGCUCCAGUUACUUCCGGAACCAGCGCGAACUCCUUGACCUGUGACAAAAAUAGCCAUGGACACCAUGCGCCGCUGUGCGCGUGCAAGGAUAAGGCCGCGGAGGUGGAGAAAGUCUGGUUCAAAGGCGGGGGCGGUGAGACUUGCACAAAGGUUUGCAAUGCGAACGGCUUUGAGCGUUGUGAUAAGGACAAGAUGGUGUCCCUCACGAACAAUGAUCGCGUGGGGGCUGCUUUCAAAGAAGCGGGCUACACUUGCAAAGGCUUCCAUGGAGCCCGCAACUAUGCUGGCACGCCCUUUUCCACAAGCAGAUCCGAUGACUGCGCUCCAGUUACUUCCGGAACCAGCGCGAACUCCUUGACCUGUGACAAAAAUAACCAUGGACACCAUGCGCCGCUGUGCGCGUGCAAGGAUAAGGGAUCCUGAGUGGCCUCACGUACUACCCGUAGGUAUUCCAAAGGAUGCCGAGGGCUAAGUAGAGACAGCGCAGGCAUUGCGAAAAAGAUUGGCUCUAGCGCUUUUUCAUGCUGCUGCUUUGCGCAUGCAUGUCAGCCCGCAUUCAGCACAAUGUUUAUUCCC